AAAAGGGAAGAACUGCACCUCAGCGGGCCUAUAUACGUCUCGUGUCAGGAAUACCCUUCGUUGACCAUUACGACAGCGUAAGAAGGGGAUAUCUGAAUCGGGGAGAAGUCUUCCAUUUUUAAGCAAGCAACCUCUGCAGUGAAAGUCUGUGAGCACUCACCACCAUGACAGCCCCCUGCUCUCUACCCCGCUGUUUUACCACCCUGGUGUGUCUGUGGGUGCUGUGUCAGGCUCAAUAUGAGCCCUAUGGGUACCCAGAGGGCUACCCAGAGCCUGCUGAGGAGCACUACACUGCCCCCCAGCUGCCCCCAGACACCCCCAGGAUCCAGCUGCGUCUAGCGGGAGAGAAACGCAAGCACAACGAGGGUCGCGUGGAAGUAUUCUACGAGGGCGAAUGGGGCACCGUCUGUGACGACGAUUUCUCCAUCCAUGCUGCACAGGUGGUGUGCAGGGAGCUGGGCUACCUGGAAGCUGUAUCUUGGUCAGCAGGUUCCAAAUACGGCAAAGGAGAAGGUCGCAUCUGGUUUGACAAUGUCCACUGCACUGGGAAGGAAAAAACCCUGGCCCUGUGUUCCUCCAAUGGUAUUGGUGUGUCAGACUGCAAGCACACGGAGGACGUGGGAGUUGUGUGCAGUGACAAGAGGAUUCCCGGCUUCAAGUUCAUCAACACGCUCACCAACAGUGUGGAGAGCCUGAACAUCCAAGUUGAAGAUGUACGCAUCCGGGCAAUCUUGGCAUCCUAUCGCAAGCGCAUCCCGGUGACCGAGGGGUACCUGGAGGUGAAGGAUGGGGGCAAGUGGAAACAGAUCUGUGAUGAAGAGUGGACCCAGAUGAACAGCAGGGUCAUCUGUGGCAUGUUUGGUUUCCCUGGGGAGAGGAAGUACAACGCCAGAGUCUACAAGAUGUUUGCCCGUAGGCGGAAGCACUCCUACUGGGAUUACUCCAUGAACUGCACCGGAAAUGAGGCCCACCUUUCCACCUGUAAACUGGGGCAUGCUGUGUCAGAGAAGGGCAACACUACCUGUGCCCAGGGGAUGCCUGUGGUGGUGAGCUGUAUCCCUGGACGUGCCUUUGCCCCUACCCCCAUGGCAGGCUUCAGGAAAGCCUUCAGGCAGGAGCAACCCCUGGUGCGUUUACGGGGCGGCGCCAUUGUGGGGGAGGGCCGAGUGGAGGUGCUGAAGAAUGGCGAGUGGGGCACCAUCUGUGAUGACAAUUGGAACAUCGUUUCAGCCACUGUCGUCUGCCGAGAGCUAGGCUUUGGCACUGCUAAGGAGGCCCUGUCUGGUGGGCGGCUGGGGCAAGGAAUGGGCCCAGUCCAUAUGAAUGAAGUGGAGUGUUCCGGGUUCGAGAAGUCCAUCACUGAGUGCUUCUUCAACAAGGAGUCUCUGGGGUGCAGCCAUGAGGAGGAUGCAGCCGUGAGGUGCAAUGUCCCAGCCAUGGGCUUCCAGCAGAGGCUGCGUCUCAGUGGCGGACGGAAUCCAUACGAGGGCCGCGUGGAGGUGCUGACAGAGAAGAACGGGUCUCUGGUUUGGGGCACAGUGUGCAGCGAAGGCUGGGGCACCAUGGAGGCCAUGGUGGUGUGCCGACAGCUGGGCCUGGGCUUUGCGAGUCACGCCUUCCAGGAGACGUGGUACUGGCCUGGGGAGGUGAGCGCUGAUGACGUGGUGAUGAGUGGAGUGAGGUGCUCGGGGACGGAGAUGUCACUGUCUCACUGCCUGCACCACGGAGCACACCUUGACUGCCCAAAAGGAGGGGCCCGAUUUGCUGCUGGAGUGUCCUGCUCGGAGACGGCCCCUGACCUAGUGCUGAACCCUCAAGUGGUGGAGCAGACCACCUACUUGGAGGACAGGCCCAUGUUAAUGCUGCAGUGUGCCUAUGAGGAGAACUGCCUGGCCACAACGGCCAGCAUGGUCCCCGCCAACUCCUACAGACGCCUGCUCCGCUUCUCCUCCCAGAUCCACAACAACGGCCAGUCUGACUUCCGCCCCAAGGCCGGCCGCCACACCUGGGUGUGGCACGACUGCCACAGGCACUACCACAGCAUGGAGGUGUUCACCCACUACGAUCUGCUCAGUCUCAAUGGCUCCAAGGUGGCAGAAGGACACAAAGCCAGCUUUUGUCUGGAGGACUCAGAGUGCGAUGAGGGCGUUUACAAGAAGUAUGAGUGCGCAAACUUUGGUGAGCAGGGAAUCACAGUGGGGUGUUGGGAUACCUACCGACAUGACAUUGACUGCCAGUGGGUAGACAUCACAGACGUCAAGCCCGGAGACUACAUCUUCCAGAUUGUAAUUAACCCAAAUUAUGAAGUGGCGGAGUCGGAUUUCACCAACAACAUCGUUAAAUGCAGGUGCCGAUACGAUGGCCACAGGGUGUGGAUGUACAGCUGCCAUAUAGGUGGCUCAUUUAGCAUGGAGACUGAGAACACAUACCCCGGACUCCUGAACAACCAGGUGACCCACAGGUAAAAGGAAAAAGCGAGAGAGAGAGGAGGAGAGAGAGACCGAAAGAGAGACAGAGAACAGGAUCUGGACUUACAACUCAGCCAAUGUCCUACAGGAACCCUCAACCACUAGAUCUCUCUCUGUUCCCUCACUCACAGCGUUGGACAAAUGCAUUUCUCUAAUCAUGAUCGUGAUCAUUCCAUGAGUACCUGGAAGCAGUCAAGGCCUUCACACCUUUCACAUCCUUUAAGAUUAUAUCAUUUGAAGUAAGCUUACUUUGUAUAGAAUUCCAUUCCCACUCAGGACUUCAAUCCCAAACAGAACCCUUCUAGGUAGUUUUCUGGCUCAGAUAAGGAGACUGAUGGCUCCUUUCACCCUUAAGCAUGAAGCCGUUUGAGUUAACAAUGUGAAACCCUCUUUUGCUUAACAGUCAAGAUUAAUGUCCGCAUAGACCCUCUCUUCUAGGGAAUUCUAAUGCACUUUUUGAGCUUAUGGGACACACAUGACCGACACUGGCAUUCAUGGUAGCAAAUCUCAGAGGAACACGCUUAACACAAGAAUCAAAAAUCAUCUUAAUCACAUAAUUCAAUACAGUUUUCAGGCGCAUUUGUCACAGCCUAGCAACACCCUAGCUAUUCUAACAAAUUGGUUGCACACAAGUCUUGAAAAUGCCUAGAUGACUAACUUCAGAGUGAGAAUAAAGCUGUUGGGAGAAAUUUCUUUUGCAGCCAGCUGGGACUAUCAGAGUCUCCCAGGGUCAAUUCCAUCACGUCCCCAUAUAAUAUUUAGACCAUUUUAAUGUCUGUAUUCAGGAGGCAAUGGGGGUGUUGUUAUUGCUAAAUGGCUAGC